AUGGCACCGUACGAGGCUCUGUAUGGCAGGAAGUGCCGUACUCCUUUGACUCUGACUGAGGUCGGAGAUAGACAGGAACUCGGUGCCACUUUUGUUGAGGAAUCUGUUAAGAAAAUCAUCAGCCCGAUGAAGGGUGUGAGUAGAUUUGGCCAGAUGAGCAAGCUUAAUCCAAGAUAUGUUGGACCUUUUGAAGUUUUGGAAAGGAUUGGAAAAUCUGCUUACCGACUGUUGCUCUCUGAUUUGAUGUCUGACGUACAUAAUAUGUUUCAUGUAUCCACUUUGAGGAAGUGGGUUUCCGACUCUGGGAAGAAGGUAUCAGCUGACGAAGUUGGGAUCCAGGAGAAUCUGGCGUACAAGGAAGAGCCAGAGUUGAUUUUAGCGUACGACGUCCGAAAGUUAAGAAAUAAACAGAUUCAGAUGGUUAAAGUCCAGUGGAAGCACCGGACUACACGGGAAACGACUUGGGAGAAGGAGUCUGACAUGAGACAGUCGUACCCGUACUUGUUUUGA